GCCAUGCGUUCUCCUUCUCCCUCUUCCUUCUCCUGCCCCCUCCCUCCCUUUCCCCCCUUUUUCCCUACACGCCAGCAUUCCCUGCCUGCGAGGGGUCAUUUGCAUACAGAGGGCUGAAAAGCCUGCGCGUUGUCAACAGGCAGGUGAAAAGGCGACUUCGGGUUUUUGAGCGAGCGGGACGGUUGGCGGCGGCACCACACCCAGACCCCAAGUGCUCUCCAAACAAAACACAGCCUCGGGGGCUGAAACAAAGGAGAGGAGAAGCAGCAGCAGCAGCAGCACCUGUGUGGCGGACUUUUCCAGCGGCGCACAACACCGGGAGAGACGGCCACAGAGAGGUUUUCAUCUCCGAGCGAGAGGGAGCGGGACCGAGGACUUACUGAAGAACUCCUCAAAAGGCUACACAUCAACAAAAAGGGAGGAAAGAGGAGGAAAGAAGAAAGGAGGAGAAAAAAGAAGAAGAGAAGGAGGUGGAGGAGACAAUGCAGGCGACGCAGGUGUGGCACACGAAGGUGGUGCCGUCGGAGGACGACGCGGACAGGGGCCGGGACAGGCCGGAGUGCUCCAUCUGCUACAACACCUACGACAACGUCUUCAAGACGCCCAAGAUGCUGGAGUGCGCGCACACCUUCUGCCUGGAGUGCCUGUCCCGCGUGAUGGCGCUCUCCGCGGAGGACGAGACGGGGGAGAUCCCGUGCCCCCUGUGCCGGCACCCGACCUCGGUCCCGCAGAGCGGCACGCCGGCCCUGGCCACCAGCCGGGAGGUGCUGAGCCAGCUGCCGGCCCACCAGCGGCGCGAGGAGCGCGUGUGGCUGGAGGGCAAGAAGCUGUGCUACUCCAGCCCGCCGCACGCCGGCAGCUCCACCACCUGCAUCUGCAUCGACAUCGGCGGCAGCGGCAAGCAGGAGCGGGCCGCCGCGCUGGCCCCGCCCCACCGCGCGGGGCCCCUGGGCCGCCUGGCGGACUGGAAGCGGCUGCUGCUGAUGGCGGUGCUGGCCGCCAUGCUGAUCGGCAUCGUGCUCUGGCCGCUGUACUGCAUCACCGACGGCAACGCCACGUGCUGGGACGGCCGGCCCUCGCCGGGGCUGCAUUCCACCACGGCCCCGCCCACGCCCGUCAAGCUGCCGGUGUGAAAGCCGAGGGGAGGACACAGAAAAACUGCGAAACCCUCACGAGCGCUCACAGCGCCCCCCCCCCCACCCCCCAAUCUCUCCCCACUGCCACAGCCAAACCUGGGCUCUCCACAAGAGGCGUGAGAACAUGAGAAAGAGGAGGGGGGGGGGAGAAAGA